GAGAAACACAACACGGCGCGCGCCGGCCCCCCCCCCGCGUCAUACACGUCCGCCAGCUCUGAAAGUUAUAAAAGCCUUGUUCUGAAAAUAUAUUCAGCAAGAUAUAUUCAAAUCCGAGUGCUUUUCGGGAUUAUUGUCCGUAUAUAUAUACAGUGUGGGAUUGAUACUGGUUGAACAUGAAUUAGUAUUGACUGCAGCGAGAUCAUAUCUGACUGGACAAGACUGAGACGGUUUCUUUGUAUGGUUUCGGAAGCUCUUCAGAAGACUAGCUAUGCUGCCGAGCAGUGGAUACUUCAGGAGCCUGACCUGUCCAUUCUUCAAGAGUGGGUUCUGUGAAAGACCACACUGUCACUUCCGGCAUGUGGCAGAGCCAACUCCCUCCUCUUCUCAGCAACCUGCACCAAAUGUCGAGCCAAUACCAGGAAACACAGUCACCCCAGCUGUGGCAGCCCCUGCCCCGGCGCCAGCCACCCCAGCUGCUGCCCUGCCCGUGGACAGCACUCUACUCCAGGAGAUGGUGUCGCGUGCGGUGCGUGAGGCCCUGCAGAGCGGCGCCGCCGGCGCCCUCAACACGGACGCCAUCGCGGCGAGUCUGAGCGCCGCUCCUCUGGCCCAACCUGCGCCCCAGCUGGAGCCGGAACCGGAGCCGGAGCCGGAGCCGGAACCGAAGCCGGAGCGACGGGCCCGCAAGCACCGCGUGUUCGCGAUCCCCGCCUCUGUGUCGUACAAGCCCACUCCGCUACGAGACCUGGAGCGCCGCCGAUCGACCGCCGAGCCGCGCUUCUCCGAUGACGAGGAUGACGGGCCAGACGAGACGCCAACGUCGGCAGCGACAUUGGCGGCCGGCGCGGCAGGGGAGACCGCAAAGGAGUCGGAGACGAGCUUUAAGACCGCACAGGCCGCUGAGACUGCCCCAACUCCGGCGACGACGGCUGAGGAGAGUACCUCCAAGGAAUCAGAGGAGUUUGACCUGCUGGAGCAAAUCAUGGCCGAGAGCAGCAAACCCAUCCAGAUGACGAGCACGCUGCGGCGCAGACUGCGCGCCCGUCCGGUGGUGUUUCGAGCGGCGGCGACGCGGGCGGACGGGGACGAGACGUACGAACCGGCGGGAGGGGAGCCGACGGAUGCGGACUCCGCACCCGUCUACCGGCCCACGCGGAAGGCGGACUCUGCCGGGGAUGGUGGCGGAAGCGUUGCGGGCGUUCCUGCCGCUGCGGAGAAGGGCACAGUUGCUGGGAGCGGUGCAGAGAAAUCGAGUGGUGUUGAGUUGCAACGGAGUGCUGAGGGAAGGACAAUCGCUGCUAGUGAGCCGGCUGGUGCAUCGUGUGGUGUUACGAAAAGCGCUGACGUGGUUAGGGAUCCCACUUCCGCUGCUUUACUCGAUAGGCAUUUAAAUAGUGAUAAGGAUAAAGAUGACUCAAAGCAGGUAAGUGUCAGUAGUGGUAACAGUGAAUACUCAUCUACGAACGGGUUUAGCGUUAGUUCAAUGAAAUCUGAGUCGGUGGUCGUGAAGCCGGACCCCGACGGUGCCGGGUCGACUGCUGACCGGGCGCUGACAGUGAACGGGUCUGCACCCUGCCCGUCGGAGCCCCCGACGAACGCGUUGGCAGCGCGGAAAAGGUCGCACACCUCCUCCGAGGGUGACGAGCGGCCCAGCAAGCGGCGGCACAGCGACUCAGGACGUGCGUCCGGGGAGCGUGACCGGUCCCGGAACGACAGCAAACACCGCGACAAACACCGGUCCUCCAAAGAACGGGACAAACACAGCUCCAAGGAACGGGACAAACACAAAUCCAAGGAACGGGAUAAGCAUACUUCCAAAGAGCGAGACAAACACAGCUCUAAGGAACGGGACAAGCACAGCUCUAAGGAGCGAGAAAAGCAUAGCUCGACCAAAGAUCGCGAUGGACACAAAUUGUCUAAAGAUCGUGACAGCCAAAAGUCAUCCAAAGAAAGUGAUAAACACAGCUCUUCGAAAGACAGAGACAAGCACAGAUCGUCUUCCAAAGAGCGAGACAAGCGCAGCAGCUCGACGCAUCACAAGUCUCACUCGAAGGACGGAGACAAGUCUAGAUUGCGCUCAUCAACAGAAGGUGAUGGGAAGAGCGUUCACAGCUCCAAGUCACGGGAAGGGGAGAAAUCAGACAGACAUCGAGACAAGUCAAAGUCUAAUCACAGUUCGUCUGGUGAGGAGAGGUCAAAGGACAAGGAACACCGCUUGUCAUCUCACAGCCGCAAAGACAAGUCCAGCUCCUCCAAAGACCCCGACAAAUCGAGUUCAUCGAAAACCCGAGACGGAAAGUCCGGUCACAAGUCGUCCACUGGCGACAGUCACAGGUCCUCCUCCUCGGGCAGCAAGGAGAUGAAGCGGUCAUCCUCACGGGACGCUGGUCGGCCCGGCGAGCCUCCGACCAGGCCGGGUCCCUCCACUGACAGCCUGGCGGAGCCGGGCCCGUCCCAGCACGCGAAGAGCAGCUUCGACUCCACCGGCGGCCGCUCCGGGUCAGGCUCCCCGCUGCCGGACCUCUCGGCGCUGGAGGAGCUCCCCGACAUGUGGGAGUACCCGGAGGGCCUGCUGCAGCCGUCGGACGUCGACUCCGACUCGGACGGAGAAGACACGCUGGCAGAGUGCGAGCGGAUGUUCAACGAGUACAAGGCGCCGGCCGACGGGCCGCAGCUGACCGCAGCGCUCAACAAGGCUCGAGCGCUGCAGGAGAAGGCCGCCAAGGAGGCCGAAAAGUCCAGUACGGAGGUGGUGGGGAAGAAGCGAGUGGCACACACGGCCGGCCUUGACCAGCCGAGCCGGCCGGCGCCCCGCGUGGCCCCCAAGGUGACACCAGCUCAGGCAAUGCACGCCCGGUGGCAGAAGCUGGCGGAGAUGCAGCAGCAGCGGAUUGCCCAGCUGGAGGAGCAACAGCGACAGAGGGAGGCGGAGAACAGUCGUCUGCCGCCUCUGCUGCCGCAGCCGCCCGUGCCCAAGCGGCGCCGGGUGGCGCACGUGCCCAAUGUCGGCGCGCUGCUGAAGCCCCCGGUGGCCAGCCCGGCGGCUACCCCGGCCACCUCCAGUGCCAGCCCGGCCAAAACGGUGACGCCUGCCCAGACGGCGCCCCGUGGAGGCAAGCGGCUGGCCCACACACCCACCACGGCUAGUGUGGCGCGCCCGAAAAUCCCGGCAGACCUCGGUGGCAAGGUGCCGACCGCCAUUCGGCAGCGAUACCUGGACCACUUUUGUACCGAGUUGCUCAAGGUCUAUCCGGGCGAUGAGGCGCAAGCAUAUAAAAAGGCUCUGGAGGAGGAGCAGGUCGUGUACAGCCGCAGUCCGUCCCGUCGCGUUUACGUCAACCUGUCCGUCGGCGCCGUCAAACGACUCCGCGACGCCGCCGCGCUCAAGUCGACCUCGCAGAACGGUACAUGGGUGUUGCUGCCGCGUCGCCAGCCGCUGGCCGACCUCUCCAACGUGGCAGGCUGGCCGUACGCCGUGCCGACUGUGUUGCACCCUCACCACUACAUGAAUAAUGUCUUCAACUUCGUGCCCCACCACGAGUUCUUCUGCGGCCCGCUGGCCGCCGCCGGCUACGGCGGCGUACCGGUGGCGAACCGAACCGUCUCCCAUCUGGACGUUCUGGCCGGCCGUGGAGGCACCACCGGUUCCUGGAGCAUCGAGCGGACCAAGAAGGCCGACGAGACCUGGACGGCCGCUGAGCUGUACUCGCGUAUGACCAAACACGUCCUGACGGAGGAGCAGCUGGAGAAGAACGGCUUCCCGCGGCCAGACCCGCUCGGACGGCCGGGCCGCGCGCACCUGGCGCACGUGGACUCGCGCGCGCGAAUCACCCGCGCUGGCGCCACCUACCGCGAGUGUAUCCGGUGCGCACGAACCUACGAGGUGUCGGCAGAAGGACGCCAGGUGGUGCCCAACUCGUGCGCCUACCACUGGGGACGGCCCUACACGUUCAGAGGUGUGACCAAGUACCGCUGCUGCAACAUGGUGGCCCCUGCCGAGCCGUGCUGUGACGCCGACUGCCAUGUGUCCGACAACUUUGACCCGGACAACCUGAUCGGCUACAUGGCCACCAUGGAGAAGCCAGAUCCGGAGGACGGCGACCACGGCGUGUUUGCCCUGGACUGUGAGAUGAGCUACACCACCCAGGGCUGUGAGCUGACCCGCGUCACCGUGGUCAACGCGCAGGGCGACACCGUCUACGAGACGAUCGUCAAGCCCGAUAACCCCAUCAUCGACUUUAAUACCAGGUUCAGCGGGAUCAAGGAGAGCGACAUGGAGGGCGUCACGGUCACCAUCCGGGACGUGCAGGCCGUGCUGCUCAACAUGUUCAGCAGCAAGACCAUCCUCAUCGGACACUCACUCGAGAGCGACUUCAAGGCGCUGAAGUUGAUCCACCCGACGGUGGCCGACACGAGUGUGGUCUUCCCACACAAGAACGGGCCGCCGUUCAAACGCGGCCUCAAAAUGCUCUGCCAAGAGUACCUGAAACGCUUCAUUCAGGAUGACGUGGGCGGCCACGACAGUGCCGAAGACGCCAUCUCCGCCAUGGAUCUGAUGAUGUGGCGUCUGCGUGAGGACGCUAAGCUGAUGCGUUGAGCCGACUCGGCCCGGCCCGCCGGAGCCGCCGGCGGGACGUCCGAGCCCCGCUCACCGGCGUGAGAGUGUAUUUAUUGUGCGCGUGACGGCUGAGCGUUCGAAGCGUCAAACGUACAAAUCAUUCCAUUGGCGGUGCGCGUUUUUGUAUUCGGAGCGUCCGUUGAUGUGUGUAGGUGUUUGUGUACGCGGCCAGACCGCGAGAACGGCUGUGCUACGCGCCCGCUCUGUUCAUGUUGUUGCUACUCUCUCUGUGUGUGCUGUUUGAUAUAUACUGUUGAAGGGUUGUUCGCAUCGCGAUCAUUGGGCUUGCAGCCGACAGAACGGCGCAAUACAUUCAUCUCGUAA